AUGCCUGUCCGUCUUAUACCGGUUUAUAUCUGUGUGUCUGCAUUGCGUUCAUCUGGUUCCUGUGCGUUCCUUGAUCGGUUCAUGUCUGUCUGCCCGUCGGCCAUGUCUCUGUGCCCAUCUGACUUUCAAUGGAUUCGUGUUUGUUUUGACCGAUUCGUGUCUAUCUCUCAGUUGGUCUGUCUGCCUUGCAACCGGUUCGUGUCUAGCUGUAUAGCGUCUGGUUCAUGUUUAUCUGUUUUUUUUUUGUUGUUGUUUACGUCUGUCUGGUGUCUGCCUGUUUCAUCCAGUUCGUGUUUGUCUCUUAACUUGUUCAUGUCUGUCUAUCGCCUGGUUCAUGUUUGCCUUUCUCUCGAUUGGUUCAUAUCUGACGCUCGACCGGUUUGUGUUUGUCUCUUAGCCGGUUCGUAUCUAUCUGUCCUUCUUACUGUUGGUGUUUUUCCUAUCUCUCAGUCCAUUGGUACGACCGGUUCAUGUUUGUGCGUCUGUAUAACAUUCACCUUGUCUUUCUUGAUCGUGUCAUGUCUCUUGGCCGGUUCGUGUCUCUCGGCCGGUUCGUGUCUCAUGGCCGUUUCGUGUCUCUGUCUCUCGACCGGUUCGUGUCGAACCUGUCAGUCGCGCGUCUGGUUCGUGUCUCUUGGCCAUUUCAUGUCUCUCUGUCUCUCGGCCGGUUCCUGUCUGUCUCAUGGCCGUUUUAUGUCUCUCGAACGGUUCCUGUCUGUCUCUCGGCCGGUUCGUAUCUGCCUCUUGACCGUUUCGUGUCUCUCGACAGGUUCGUGUCUGUCUCUCAGCCGGUUCGUGUCUGUCUCGUGGCUGUUUUGUGUCUCUCGACCGGUUCCUGUCUGCCUCUCAGCCGGUUUCUGUCUGUCUCAUGGCCGUUUUGUGUCUCUCGACCGGUUCCUGUCUGCCUCUCAGCCGGUUCCUGUCUGUCUCAUGGCCGUUUUGUGUCUCUCGACCGGUUCCUGUCUGCCUCUCAGCCGGUUCCUAUCUGUCUCAUGGCCGUUUUGUGUCUCUCGAACGGUUCCUGUCUGUCUCUCGGCCGGUUCCUGUCUGUCUCUUGACCGUUUCGUGUCUCUCCGUCUCUCGACCUGUUUCUGUCUGGAUCUUGGACGGUUUGCGUCUGUCUCUCGGCCUGUUCGUGUUUCUCUGUCUUUUGAACUGUUCAUGUUUCCUUGA